UCUGUCUUCUGGAUUCAAUCGUCCAUCAACUCAUGAUUCAGAUGCCUGCUCUUGCAAAGCUGUACUCCGUUUGAAUGGAUGAUCCUCACCACCAUCAUUGCAAACUGCAUCGUCCUGGCUCUGGAACAGCACCUUCCCGACGGAGACAAGACGCCUCUGUCCGAACGACUGGAGGAGACGGAGCCCUACUUCAUAGCCAUCUUCUGUUUUGAGUCGGGGAUAAAGAUCCUGGCUCUGGGUUUUGCGUUACAUAAGGGCUCCUAUCUGAGGAACGGCUGGAACGUCAUGGACUUCGUGGUCGUGCUCACCGGGUGAGUCCAGUGAAAUGUUUCUUUUUCUUUUCUUGACGGUUUUAUUCGUGUAUUUUUUUGUUAUCGUCCACAUGGUGCUUAAUGU